AUGGGCAGGAAGAUGCUCGGGGCCGUGUGUCCGCUGCCUGACCGCCGGCACGGCAGCAGCGGCAGGCCGGACAGCGGCGGCCCCGCCGCCGCCCCCCGCACAAGAUGCACCCGCCGGCAUCCCCCGGGCCGGCCGCGACUGCACAGCGUCCGAGGCGAUCCCGCCGGCUCCGGCGACCGGGAGGACGCCGGGGUGCCGCGCCAGCGCCGGCCCGCCGCCGCUCCCGCCGGCGCCCCAUCGGAUAAGGCGGGCUCGCUGCACCGCUCGGUGCCCGCCGCGCCCGGCUCUUACCUGCCGCGCAACUUCAGCUGCAGCGCCUGCCUCUAUGGCAGCCUGGCCGAGCAUUGUGCAGGGGGGCUGAGCCCCGACGGCGACGCCGCGCCCAAGCCCGUGGUGCGGGAAGGCGGCGGGCGAGAAGCCGCGCGACGCGGGGCCGGGAGCCCACGCUGCCCCCGCGUGCCCCCCAGCCCCACGCAGCGCCGCGGCCAAGUCGCUGCCCACGCUCCGGGCGAACGCAGCCUGCGCCCCCGCUGCAGCAGCAGCUCCGUCGCGCCGCAAGACGUGCGGUUGCCGACUCCCUGGGCUGAGCUCACCUCCGUGCACCUCUUCUGCGAGGGCCUGCCGCGGGUGCCGCUGCCCGCCGCCGCCCACGCGCGCCCGCAGACCUGCCUCAAACCAGGAAAGCCGCCGCGCUGGGCCGACCUGGAGCCCUGCUGUUCGGGGCCGCCGCCGCCGCUGCUGGAGCCGCUGUUCCCGCCGCAGCCCGGAAGCCACUCGGGCUGUGAGCGGGUGCGGCAGCACAAGGUGAGGCUGGAGUGGGUGCGGGCAGAGCCCGCGGGGCUGCGCGGAGCCGUGCGCGUCCUCAACCUCGCCUACGAGAAGGUGGUGUCGGUGCGGUACACGCUCAAUGGCUGGGCCAGCUGCGCGGAGGCUCCCGCCGCGUACCAGCCGCCCGGGCCGCCCGACGGCAUCAACGACCGCUUCGCCUUCCUGCUGCCUCUGGGCGGCGCCGCCGAGGCCACGCUCGAGUUCGCCGUCCGGUACCGCGUGGCCGGCGCCGAGUACUGGGACACACAAAUCGAGGGCAAGAACUACCGGCUGCGGGCCGGCAGCGUCCUCCCGCCCGGCACCGGCCUCCCGCAGGACCCCGACAGCUCCGCCUGGAUCCACUUCAUCUGA